UAGCAUCUCUUAUCGGCAUUGAAGGGAUCUCCGCAUUUGACCAUCCGCACGUUUGCAGAGCAGAAUGUGGAUAUCAUGUGACUAAGGCGCAGUGAAUAUCAGGUAUAGGGAAGCAAAGGGCUGAAGGGCGUUGUGGUCGUGGAACCAUCCGACAGGCAGCCAUCAGCCUAGGCUCGAUACUACAACCUCUGAGCUGGCCGAACAUAAACUCCUAAUGCCCUCUGUGGACGACUUUUGCGAUCAUCCUCAACUCAUCACAAGCUACGGACCUCUCGCGCUGUCCCAAUGGCGACCGAUCCAAUUCCCCUACCUUCCAACUUUCAACCACAAAGCCCGUUGUUCCAUGUCAUACCUGGCGAGAUCCGUAAUGAGAUCUUCCAAUUGGCGCUCAUGCAGGAUGAAGACAGCGCAGCAGCGUAUCCGGAAGACUCGUACUGGUACCGGCCAGGUUUCUCAGGUCCGCUCAAGGGCAGCAGUGCGCUUUUGCGCACGUGCAAGCUCGCGUACGCGGAGGGUCAGAAGGUGUUCUUCAGGGAACUAGAAUGGGCAUUCUGGUUUAAUCGAGGACCUGAUGGCCGCACGUGCACCCCGGCGUGCGAAAGGUUCUUCCGCAACCUAUCUCCACAAGCUGUUCAGGCACUCCAGAAAGUUCGCUUCUUCACGCAGAUGUUCUGGCUCGAAGAAGGCAAACAACUGUUUUACAUCUUCAGCAUACCACAGUUUCGACCAAACCAGCUUACUAUUACCAUACGAUACUCUGAUUGGUGGUUCUGGGAGAACAAUGAGCCACUUCGUAUGGAGGAGACGUGGCUACGCUAUUUCGAAGCAAACCCCGGCUUGCGCGUACUGAAGGUUGAAUACGAGACGCUCAGUUGGAAGAAAGCGGAGAUGAUGCGCAUCAUCGAGCGAAACAAGAAAUGGAAGCUACCAGUGAGAAGGGAAGGUGGUAACUUCCAGAAGAACGACCUUGAGGGAUAUCUGAGCGCUGAGAACACUGAACUGAAAGAAUGGACUUGGAAGGGCCCAAGCACGCUGGAUGGACAAAGAUGGAGUCACCACGGCACCGAAGACAAGGUCGAGUACGUCGUCAUAACGGAUACCUGGAAGUUUGUGGAAGGCGAACUAACCGAGAAAGAGAUGGAGGGCCGUUUGACCACUAUGACGAGAGCACCAGAGAAGACGCGAGCCGAGGAGAAGAGACGCCGCAACAUAGGCGCAUGGCGUGAGAGACUUCGUGAGAGGAGGACUACACAGGAUGCAGCUUAGCACAAAGAUAGUCUCCCAGUCUGGGGUUUGUGAGUUGCGUGAACUACCCGCAUGAACAGGUCUUGCGUAGAUGUCAGUUUGAAUGAUCAG